AUGGCAGCCCAAACCUCACCCGUUACUUUCGAAGUUUUCUAUGGAGUCAGCUCCCCCUGGGCAACAUUCGGUGCACCCCGAGCCCGCGAGAUAGCUCGCAAACACAAUCUGCCUCUCAUUCUGCGCCCUAUCCUGCUCAUCGAGGCCAACGGCGGUAUCCCCCUCCGUACUCGUCCCGUCGCUCGCCAGAACUACCAUGCUCUCGAACUUUCACGCUGGGCUGCUCGUCUCAAUUUCCCCCUAAACGGCAAACCAAAAUUCUACCCUCUCCCGCCACGGGCUAUCGAGAUAUCUGCACAGGCCAUCAUUCGCUUUCAAUUCAAGUAUGGCGUAGGAGACGACAGAGUGCUAGACUUUUCGGAACGGGUACAAAGACUGCUGUGGGUUGAAGAGGGCAAUAUUGGCGACUUGGAGAGUUUGAGGAAAGUUGCGAGGACAGUGAAGGGAAUCGACGAAGCAGACGUUCUAGAAAUCGUCGUGGAUAAGAGGGACGUGGAAGACGAUGAGGCAGUGAAGCAAUGGAAGAAGAACUUCGAGGAUGCAGAAACACUUGGCAUCUUUGGGACACCGACUUAUGCUGUCAACGGAGAGAUAUUCUGGGGAAUGGAUCGCCUAGAUUUCGUCGACGAGGAGAUCACAAAGUUGUUGGCGCAUGCGCGAGGCAGCGAAUCAUCAUAAGCCCUCUACUACCGAGGUCGUAUGUUGGAGGUGUGAGCAACAGGCCGGGGAAGAUCAUGAGACGAAUG